AUGGUUAAGAUGAAAGGAAUUAAAGAUAAGAUCGGGAAGAAAAGAUUUGAUGAAAUACAAAUGACACUUAAGAAGAUGGUUGAGAAACAUAAUAUAAGCAAUAUUAAAGAUAAUUUAAGCAAAUCAACUGAUCUUACUACUUCUACUAACAUACAAGAUGAGCAAAAUACUCAAUUGGCUAAUGAUUCUACUGUAAACAAAGAUUUAUCAGUAAAUAAACAGUCGUUAAUAGGUAAAACAGAUCUUCAGGAGGAUCUUGAAGAUGAUAAUAGUUGGAAUGUCAAGAAGAUUAAAUUUACACUCAAAGAAAAAAAUGACAGAAUUCGUGAAUUGGAACAAAAACUUUUGAAGCAAACAAAUGAGAAUAAAAAGUUGGUUGAGGCUGAGAAUAAAGUUGUGUUUAGUAAGGUCGAAGUAGAGUUUAAUAGAGAGACAGAUAUAUUGAUUAGUAAAUACACCAAACUAAUAGAAGAGAAUGAUUCGUUAAGAAAAGAAUUAAAUAAUCUUGAUAAGAGGUAUUUCGAAGAAAUGAGAAUGUAUAAAAGUGAUUUAGAGAAAGUAAAAUAUGAGUUAAAAUUGGUUAAUGAACCGAAAGAAAAGAAAUUUGACAUACAAGAAUAUUUUGUGAGAUUUGAUGAAAGUCAAAAUGAAAUAGCUAAAUUGAAUGAAAAGUUAUUAGAAAAAGAUAGAAUGCUUCAGAUGGCAAAGAAAGAUAACAAUAUAUUAGAAAAUAGUUCUAUAAAUUUAUCACGUCAACUUGAAAUAGCACAUAAACGUUUAGAAAGAUCAUUAAAUAUAAAAGGGGUGUCAGCUAAUCAAAUUUUAGAAGAUGAAGUAGCAAGUAUGACAGUAGCAAUUAAAGAACUGUCUUUAGAAAACAAAAAGAUGCAAUCAACAAUAGAAAAUAUAGAGAUGAAAUCUAAAACAACAGAAAGUGAGCUCAUAAGAGUUCGAGGCCAAUUGAAGACAAAUAUUAAGCUAGAAGAAAGACUUGAAAAUAAUAAAAAAAGACUUGAAAAUGUUAAGAAAGACAUAAUAAAUCAAAUAGAAAAAUAUGAAAACAAAUACUCAAAUUUUGAAAGGAUAGAAGCUAAUUUAAAUGAAAAAAUAAUAGAAAAUAAAAAGAAUGUAAACAGUUAUAAAUCAGACAUGAUGUACUGUGAAAAAAAGAUAUCUGAUUUGAUAGAAGAAAGGAAGAAGUAUGAGAAUGAUUUAUAUGAUGUGAAAGUCAGGAAUUUAGAAAUAGAGAAAGAAAACAAAGUUCUUAAGAGUAAAGUAUAUGCUUAUGAAUCAGUUAUAGAAAAUGGAACUAAGACAACAGAGUUAUUUAAUCAGAUUGAUAUUCUUAGACAGUAUGUUAUUUGUCCUUUGUGUAAAACUAAUUUUAAGAGUCACAUAAUUGAUAAAUGUAUGCAUUGUUUUUGUAAGGAUUGUUUAUUAGAUCGUCUUAAAGUACGAGUUCGUAAUUGUCCUAAAUGUAAUGUUGGUUAUUCGGAAGAAGAUAUUAAAAAGAUUUAUUUAUAA